UCAAUUUCAGAAUAGAUUUUUAUAUAUUAAAAUAUUUAUACAUUGUAUUGAAAAUGGUGAAAUCAAUUAUUCUCAUCUCAUUAUUAUUGGUGUUUACAAUUUGUGAUGCUGAGGAAACAAAAUCUAAAUGUGAUGGAUGCCGAGAUCUUUCAAGGGGAAUUUUAGAUGGUCUGGAUAAAACAAAAAAGAAGAAUUUUGAAGGUGGCGAUGUCGCAUGGGAGGAGAAAAAGCUUGGAAAAUAUAAAACAAGUGAAACAAGAUUGGUUGAAAUAUUAGACACAUAUGCUUGUAGCAAAAUCAAUCAUAGAUGUAACACUAUCUUAGAAGAAAAAGAAGAAAAAAUUGAAUAUUGGUACAAAAACCUACAAGAUGAGAAGCCAUUGUUUGAUUAUCUCUGUGUUGAAGAAGCGCAAGUUUGUUGUCCUGAUGAUACUUUUGGAGCAGAUUGUGAAGAUUGUCCAAAAGGUACAUCCGACAAGGUUUGCUUUGGACGUGGAAAGUGUGAAGGAGCUGGUGAUCGAGAGGGAUCAGGCAAAUGUGUUUGUGAUGAUGGAUAUUCUGGUGAAUUUUGCAGCGAUUGUGGAGAUCAACAUUUUGAAACCUUUCGUAAUGAUACUUAUACUAUGUGUGCACUAUGUCACAACUCAUGUAAAACAUGCAAAGGUAAUAAAUCGACCGAAUGUUCAACAUGUAUGGAUGGAUAUAGAUCAGAAGAAAAUAUUGAUAAUGAAGAUGAAUUAAAAUGUGUUGAUAUAAAUGAAUGCGUUGAACAAGCAAACCUGUGUCCUGUUGGUACAUACUGUGCGAAUAAUGAAGGAUCAUAUUCUUGCGAAGACAUUGAUGAAUGUGCCAGUGGAGCAAUCUGUCUUGGUAUGUACGAAGUUUGUGUCAAUACACUGGGACACUACAAGUGCGCAUGUGCACGAUAUUUCAGGAGAGAUCCCGUUUCUGGGCAGUGCCAGCCCGAUCCCAACAUAUACUCAAGAAUGGUACCACCUUCUGCUCCUAGCAAGGCAGCAGACAAGGGAAAGGCCGAAAAAGCAGAUGAGGGUGAGAUUGUAGUUGGAAACGAAGUAGAAGACUCGCUCAGUGAUGAUGAUAUAAAACGACUUGUAGUUGCUGUUGUUAUAUGCAUCAUCGGUACUGCUGCGGCGGGUGGGAAUUUAAUCUGGACCGCAUUGUUCUUUUGUAGCAUAAUCGGUGCAGGCGUCUGGUGGGCAUCAGAUAAAACUGAUGAGCUUGCCAUGUCUAUGAUACCACAACCCCAUCAAGAAUUGUAGCUAUUGCGUAACCUUAAACUAACCAGCUAUCAAAUAAUGAUUUGAUCUGGAUACUCGGAGCACAUGAGAUCAUUAUGUGUUCUUCUGAUUCAAAUGGCUCACCCAAAUCAUUAUGGACUCGUGUGAUAUUAUAUGUGUACCAUGUGCUUUUUAUUUAUUAUUUUGUUCAAUUUCUAUCAGAGUUGUUACAUUAAUAGGCGAAAUAUCACUACUGAUAUCAACUAUUAAGAAAAGAAUAAAAGUUCAUUUAUUUUUAUUGACAUCCUACACAUCUAAUGUCCAACAUAUAUGCUGGCUUCACUAUACUUGAUUGAAUUUGGUCUAUAAC